AUGCCCCCGCCGGUUCCUGACAUUUCCGAUGACGAAUCGUCGAGUGGCGAGUCGAUUCCCUAUAACGAUGCUCGGUCAACAAAAAAUGCCUCUAAGGAUGACGAUGAGGACGAGGACGAGGAUGAGGAAGAAGAGGAUGUGUACGCUGUUGACAAUAUUAUGAGCCAUGAAUGGACUAAGAAGGGCGACCUCCUUCUUCAAGUCAAGUGGCAGGGCUACGAUGACCCCGCUGACAUGACAUGGGAGCCAGAAGAGAAUCUGCUAGAAGGCGCGAAGGAUAUAGUCGAGGAGUACUUUCGAGUCCUGGGGGGCCGUCCUGAAAAGCCACAACCGCAGACAAAGAAGCGCAAGUCGAUGGGAAGACCUCCAAAAUCCGCCCCUGAGAAAACCCCCGAGCCCAAGAGACGCCGCAAGUCACGGGCUGAAACAACAACAGAGUCACCAGAAAAAGAGCAGGCCGAUGAAGCUGAAAGCGACGAAACAUCCACGUGGGUUCCUUCAUCUCGCAACUGGGAGAAAGAGGUCGACACCGUGGAAACAAUCAUACGGCAACCGGGAACGUCAAAUCUGCUUGCGUUUAUCAGUUGGAAGAAUGGUAGAAAAUCAAAGGUCAACAUAGAGAUGUGCUACGACAAGUGCCCGAAGAAGAUGCUUCAAUUCUAUGAAUCACAUCUGGUCUUCAAGGAGGGCUGA